CAACCAUCAAACACUCCUGGAUCAAUAACCCACGUCAUUGACCAUUGAAUAUUUGCCGCCCUGUUUUGUGGACCUCCGAACUGGCACGAGCUCAUGCAGCCACUUCCACCGCGCGUGACACAGAGCCUGACCGAGCUUGUGAGACCAGGUUAGUCUGAAGUGACAUUGGUAGACCCGAGGGUUGAAUGUGAUAUAUUAAAUUUGGAAAAAGAAACCCCCCCUCAAAAAAAAAAAAAAAAUGAAAGGUCGUCCGCUCAUCAUUUUGAGCCUCAUCGUAUUGGGCUGGAGCGCUGAGGGUCAGAGGAACAGACACGGGAAGAUGGAGAUACUGGGCCGGGGUUCUGUCUACCUUGGCCAGAAAAGGAACCCGUGGACGCCUCUGGUCCAGUUUGCCAUUAACUUCACUGAGAUUCAAAGCAUCAGCUCGUCGUUCCAGAUCCGGACAUUCGACCCAGAGGGUGUGCUGUUCUAUGGGGACUGUGCCAAUGGGGACGAUUGGCUCCUCUUGUGCCUGAGAGGAGGUCAACUUGAGAUUCAGAUGGGCGAACUAGACGUCCUGUCCAGGGUGAUAGGAGGCCCCAAGCUCAACGAUGGAAAGUGGCAUCUGCUGGAGCUGACCAACAACGGCAAGUUGAUCAAUCUGAAUGUGGAUGGGAUCAUGGGAAUGAAUGUGAGCCUGCACACCGAGUUUGGCGUUCUCUCGGGCCCGAUGCGCCUGGCCCUUGGAGGAAUCCUCAUCAGCAGUGACAGACUGUUUGAACAGCUGCAGCCGGAGUUGGACGGCUGUGUGCAGGAGGGCAACUGGCUGAACAUCACCCAUCCCUGGGAGACGGAGGAGGAGGUGCUCUGGCCCUGCUAUCAAAACAUCCAACCUGGCAGCUACUUCCCGGGCACCGGUUUUGCCGUCUAUAAUGCUUCAACUUUCCCUCUUGAGACGAAGGACAGCGGGUUCAAGAUUGAAAUGUGGGGAAACUUCAGCCAGAUGGACGGAACCAUUCUGAACAUCAAGGCCCCUGGGCAGGAGAUGAUGCUGGUUUUGGUGGCCAAUAACAACACAGAGGAGGUCAUUCUCACCUUUGGUAAUGACAAAAUCAACCUGGGGGAAAGUCUCAAGAAACUGACGAUAAUAUUCCAGAGGGACCUAGUGGAAGUGCUGAGAAACGAGGACGCUUCGGUUUUCAAAAGUCUGCCUGUCACCUCAGAGAGCCAGCCCGCUUACCUGACCACCUGGAGAGAAGGCCACCUAGCCAUUGGGGGUCUACUAGGGGACACUGCAGGUGAGGGAGAGGACUACGUCAGCUCUAACUAUUUGAUCGGCUGUCUGGAGAAACUCCAAAUUGACGGGGUUGACAUGGACCUUGACUUGGCUGUGAAGCACGCUUCUGUCUCCUCUCACAGCUGCCCCGUGUUCUAGAUGACGUAGACUGGGCAUUUAGCUUUGAUGCCUAGGCUCUUCUUUUUUGCCUCGGGUCAAACUGGCACAUAAAAGAUGCCACGGGAUUGCUGUUGAAACACAGAAAACGAGAUAAAGUCAAAUGCAAGAUGAGUGUACGCCCCAUCGCAGAGACAGUUUAUGCAUAACCCUUUUAAACAAGACAUGUCUGAAUAUUUGUCACUGAUAGUCACUUACAGUAUAUUAUGCACAUUGACUCACAUUAAAGUUUUCUCAUUAGCCGUAGUCUAAACUGGCAUAUGGACCACAUUUGCUU